UCAUCUACGGUAAGAGGCUCACGAAGCUCAUGCCAGAGAGGAUGGCCAAGCUUGUGUACAACAGCUGGAAUAUUCGCCUUCUAAGGAGUCACCAGAGCGGCAGGGGGGAUGAUAUCCACAUCCCAUGGGUGGAUGACGUCCCGGUGGAAAAGGAGAUGGAGGAGUGGUACGCAGAUUGGUUGAAGCGUGCCCAUGGAGACGUGGACGAGGAAGAGGUCGCCGUGGUGGAUGUUGAUGAUGAGGAAGACGAGUUUCCACUGCGGCGCACCUUCCAGUGCAACGAUGAGGUUGUCGAGAGGCUGUGUGACGAGGAUUCUGCUCUCGUCGGUACGCGGCGGCGUGAUUGCCACGAGUGCACAAAGCCAGGGAAAUACCGCGAGCAAGAGUUGCGUAGGAGAUCAGGCAGCGAGUUGCCCGUGCCUCGGGAGUUGUACACGGAGGAGGGCUACGUUCUUGUGAUGGCAGCUCGACAAGCGGGCACAUGGGUGGAGGGCCGGGUGGAAGGACCAUGAAGUAGGCGCAAAAACAAGGAUAAAGAGAAGGAUAAUGGCAACACGCCCGUGCAGCGAGGCAAAAGGAAGGCUCUUGAGCCAAAACAGCCACGACCGAAGAGAGGCCGUCCGACAUUGGCGGAACAGGCAGAACGCAGAGCACAACAUAUUAAGAUAGAAGGACGCAACAUGCGCCCGCAAUUAGCCAUAUUAUUAAGAUAGAAAAUCACAACAAACAAGCUUCCAGGUG